GAUCAACAUCAGAAGCCAGUAAACCAGUAAACUGCCACAAUCGAUACAAAGUGCAACCAUUACUUAUAUGGCUUUUCAUAUUGUGCAGUCUAAUCCAAUAAUUAGCAUUAUCGAUUUAAGAUUAGUAAACUAAAAAUAAAAUUUUGAAAAUAAAUUAACUUUACAAGAAUACAAGAAUGUCCUCAAUAUGUAGUUCUGCCCUAAAACGCGAUUAAGGAAACAAUAAAAGUAAAGUGAAUAAAGUGCAGUCAUUUCUAUCUCAAAUUUACUAUUGAAAAUAGUUGGAAAUAAUUUAACAAAGUGGAUUAACGCUCCAAAAUAAACAAAGACGCUUUUCUUAUCAAAAAUAAUUAUCAAAAUUUGCACCCAACACCUGCUGUGCUCAAGAUAAUUAGUAAUUAUAAUAAAUAAUUUUGAAAGAGUUAAUCUAUUACUGCAGAUAUAAAAAAUGAAUCCAACAUCGAAGAAUGAGCAACCAACCAUACGUCCACUUUCCCCAAUGCUGCAGGAAAUAGCCAUAAAGGAACUCAAUGAGGUGCCUCACAGAUUACAUGAAGAUAUAUUAACCCUACGUAAAUGGAUUUAUAGUCAGCCACAUUUACGUGCACGAACCAAUGAUCAAUUUUUAUUAAGUUUCCUACGAGGUUCCAAAUUUAGUUUGGAAAAAGCAAAGCAAAAAAUUGAUAGAUAUUACUCUCUUAAAGCAGCUAUACCAGAAAUUUUUAAUGAACAUCGUAAUGUAGAUGAUAAAAUAGUCAUGGAUAUAAUACGUGCAGGUAUUAUACUACAAAUACCAUUAGCCGCUGAUGAUACAAGGCCUUGCAUUACCAUUAUACGUGCCGGUUCCUAUGAUACUAAGAUAUUUAAAUUUGCUGAUAUUAUACGUGUGGGUACAAUGUUUGGUGAAAUUUUAAUGAUCGAAGAUGAUAAUGCCUCUGUCAGCGGUUAUAUAGAGAUAAUGGAUAUGAAUAAUGUUACUGCCGCGCAUUUUUUUCAGUUAAAACCGGACCUAUUGCGUAAGUUUUCAGUAUUUGCUGACGAGGCAAUGCCUACUAGACAACGAGGUACACACUUUAUCAAUGUUCCUCCACCAUUCGAAAAAGGUUUUAGCACUUUGAAGAAUUUCUUUCCAGCUAAAAUGUUGAGUAGAAUAUCUGUUAGUUCUGAUUCCGAAGCAAUUUUUAAUUUUGUUCCUCGCAACUAUUUACCCAUUGAAUAUGGUGGCGAAAAUGGUACCAUGCAGGAUAUAAUUAAUAAUAUGGAAGAGAAAAUAAUGAAAUAUCGUGAAUACUUUUUGGACGACUCCAAAUAUGGUACCGAUGAAAAAUUGCGCGAAGGCACACCAAUUAAUUAUGAAAGCUAUUUCGGUAUUGAAGGAUCCUUUAGAAAAUUAGACAUAGAUUAAAAAUUGUCAAUAUUCAGUUCACCAAAAAAAUAUACCAAAAAUUUAUUCCAUCAAUUUUUAUCGCAAGUAUUUUUAGUUCAUCACAUCACAUAUAUAAAAAUAUUUAUAUACGUAAUAUAUAUUUAAAAUUGUUUAAAUAGUAUACC